AUGAAGUUCUGCAUGUACUCUGCAACGCAUGACUCGGGUUGCUCUGAUGCGCUGUUCCUGAACACGGAGAUUUCGGUGCUGAAAAAACACUUGUUGCGGGAAUUCGAGGACGUGUGCAACGCCCUGCCUCCCAGCGAGGACAAGGAGUUCAAGCAGUACAGGCAAGCUUGCGAGCUCAAAGAGUUCACCCAGGAAUGGGAGACGUGCGACUCGGCAAUGGAGGGUGACAUCGGACACUUCUACCGAAACCGCACGGGACUCACGAAAAUGCCGAGCAUUAGCAACCGGGUCCGGCGGAGACUCUGCGCGGACUUGAAGGGCUACCGCUCGUGCCUGAACGAAUCAGCGGACAGGCACCACUGCACGGCGCUGGCCCCACAGGUGGCCGAGAUGAGCAACGAACUCUUCGACCGCCUCAGCCUGGAGUACUGCGGCGGUUGUAGGGCCCGAACCACCUGGCUCCAUUACGUUUUGGUCUUCGCAAAUGUCCUGGUGUUCAGUUCGCAAUCAACAAUCCGUAGCGGUUAACGUGCGAUA